GACAAUUAUUCUGAGUGACGGCCCUUGCAAGCGCUACUGAGUGGUUAUCAUGGGCUUCAUUGCCUUUCUGAAGACCCAGUUCAUAGUUCACCUCCUCAUUGGGUUCGUCUUUGUUGUGAGUGGACUGAUCAUUAACUUCAUUCAACUAUGCACGCUAGUCCUCUGGCCCAUAAACAAGCAGUUUUAUCGACGAAUAAACUGUCGCCUUGCCUAUUCGCUUUGGAGCCAGUUGGUAAUGCUGCUGGAAUGGUGGUCAGGCACAGAGUGCACCUUGUUCUCAGAUGAGGCCACAGUGAACACAUUUGGGAAAGAACAUGUCAUCAUCAUCUUGAAUCACAACUUCGAAAUCGACUUCUUGUGUGGCUGGACUAUGACAGAGCGCUUUGGAGUGCUAGGGAGUUCCAAAGUUCUUGCUAAGAAAGAACUACUAUAUGUGCCCCUAAUUGGCUGGACGUGGUACUUCCUUGAGAUUGUUUUCUGCAAAAGGAAAUGGGAAGAAGACAGAGAUACGGUUAUUGAAGGAUUAAAACGUUUGUCUGAUUAUCCUGAAUAUAUGUGGUUUCUCUUGUAUUGUGAAGGAACUCGUUUUACAGAGACCAAGCAUCGUAUCAGUAUGGAGGUAGCAGAAUCCAAGGGGUUACCUAAACUGAAAUACCACCUGUUGCCCAGAACCAAAGGUUUCACCACUGCUGUCCAGUGUCUCAGGGGAACAGUUUCAGCAGUGUAUGAUGUAACACUAAAUUUCAGAGGAAACAAGAACCCGUCUUUGUUAGGAAUUCUAUAUGGAAAGAAAUACGAAGCAGAUAUGUGUGUAAGGAGAUUUCCUCUGGAAGAUAUCCCUCAAGAUGAAAAGGAAGCUGCAAACUGGCUUCAUAAGCUUUACCAGGAAAAGGAUGCUUUGCAAGAGAUGUAUAAUCAGGAAGGCAUAUUUCCUGGCCAGCAGUUUAAACCUCCUAGGAGACCAUGGACUCUCCUAAACUUUCUUUUUUGGGCCACAGUUCUCCUUUCUCCUCUCUUCACAUUUGGCUUUGGAGUUUUUGCAAGUGGAUCACCUCUACUUAUCCUUGCAUUCCUGGGACUUGUUGGAGCAGCUUCCUUUGGAGUUCGUAGACUGAUAGGAGUAACUGAAAUAGAAAAAGGCUCCAGCUAUGGCAACCAAGAAUUCAAGAAAAAGGAAUAAUUGACAGCUGCACUUCAGUACAUGUAACCAGACUAUGGUAUCCAAUUAACUUCAGUUAAAAAACAACAACAAACACUUAGAAACUAUCUUUUUCUUAUUAACUGAUGACUAAUAUUAAUGAAUAAAACUUGAGCCAAGAAUGAAGAAUUUGGAGGCAUCAACUGAAGAGAACGCAUCAACUUUCUGCCUGUUUAAGGAUUACUGUAGUCAAACUAUGGGAGAAAUUCUGGGAUGGGGUGGAAGAAGAAACUAAUUUUUCUUGCUUUGUUGGGGGACUUGGGGGUGGGGAGAGAAAAGAGGGCAUUGGCCUUGGCCGUGUGCAUUUUCAGAUGACUGAAUACACUGGUUUCUGUCAAGAGCACUACACUCACUUUUACAACAGGAGCCACUGAAUGUUUCCUCUUGCUAAAGCCAACAUAAUGUUUGUUAAGUUCCAACUUUUUUUGUUAAUAAGCCAGGAGAAAACAACCCUUCUUAAAUUAAUUGACAAACGUUCAUUGGGUUAGAGUAAUUUCGGAAAGGCUGUGUUGUCAUGGCUACAGGUGAAAUCCUAUUUGUAUGUUACACUGAUACUCUUUAUUUUCAGGCAGUGUCUUAAAACUUCUGAAAUGUGAGCGAACGGAUAGUGGAGUUUGGAAGCAGUGCAUUAGUGAACAGCACAUACUGUAGAACAGAUCCACUAGUAU